AUGCGCAUUUCCGAUGGCCGUCGUUGUCAGAUUUGGCAGGAAGCCCUCUCCCUCCGUGUGGUCCCUGACUCGGGUGUGGUCCCAGAUUCACUCUAUAUGAAGACCCGUCUAACUGCACGGUACCGUACGGAAAAUAGGGUGAAAACAAGCGGGCAAGACAAACCUCGUGGCGUACAACCUCUCAAACGGCGACACAAAGUGCGUAAAACAGCUGGUGGCAGACGUCCCAAAGGGUGUCCUAGCUACAAGGACGUGCAUGCGGUUGGUAAGCGUCAGUCGUCUCAGUUUGUUACGUACACACAAGAUGGGCGUCUGUUUUACGACCUCUAUGCAUCAUCACAACCAAGUCGUGAAAGCUCAAAGACGGUUGCUGUGGUCUCGACUGUCCAAAAACGCUAUGCGGGAUAUCCGUCUUCGCCAGAGACAAGGGCAGCUUCCAAGAAGAAAAAGAAAGAACACCAAAGUGUGCUGGAGACGCCCUCGAAAAUAAGGCAUCACCGUAAGGGGAGUUCGCGUUCACGAAACGUGAAUGAUUUCAAAGCUGCCGAAAGACGACCCUCUAGGCGACCCUCACUUAAGUCCGUUAAAGUGAUGACUCAUAAUGCCAAUCCUCGUAAGCAUAUCGUGAAGCGCGUUUCUAAGUUAUCCGAGAAGGAGAAAGUAGAGCGAAAGCUCAAACGGGAGCUUGGUAUCGAAGCGGUCACUCCAAGCCCUACUCCCGGUAAGCGUCUGGCAAGCCUCAAUGCCGUAGCCCUAAUAAGUGCGGUAACUGUCAGUGAUUCGUCACGAAGGAUUAGAAAGAAUGAUUCUUUAGUUGACCGCCGACAAUCUGUAGAAACCAUUCCAUGCCAGGAAGUCCCCAUCAUGGAGUCUGAAGUUUCGGAUGACGCCACCACGGAACCCAUGUCCGUGCUUCCGACCGAAACGCCAGCGCUCUCUGAUAACAAUCAAGUCAGGUUUUCAGUCAUACGCACAGUCAGGCGGAAGAAGCGUCCUAACACAGUACAUCCUCCAGAAAAUCAUACUCCUACUGUGGUCCUCUGCCCUACACGUUCGUCAACAGUCGAAAACCCAUCAGUCGCGAGUUAUCACUCAGAGCAGUUCAUUCCACUGGGUGGAAGUAAGUAUGGAUUUCAGCAAAUCACGAGACAGGUGAUACAUGUAAAUGCUCCCAAUAAAACAUUUGAUAGUACCGGGCCAAUCCACCUUCCUGUUGAUUUACCACAUCCAACACAGAUUCAACCACAUCCCUUUGUGACUUCACUCAUUCCUGCGCCACUGGGGUCUUUGGCAGUGUCCUGUUCAUCUACUUCAAAUGCCUCCAGUAUUCAUCCUGAACUUUUCUCUCAUAAUGGCUUGGUUAACCAAGCUGGUGCAUGCUGGCAGCCAGCCUCGACAGCUUGCUUGUCAACUGCCAACUUACUGCAUCCUAGCAUCCCGUACUACCCAGCAGCUCUGUUUUUACCGUCCCUUGUCCCACUAACUCAUCAACCCGCAAGUUAUUCACCUGUGUUUACGCCUGGCCCUCAACUCAGCUAUGCUUUCCUACCCACGACACUGAAUGGUUUGUCGACUAUCUCACCUGGUAAUGGAGCGCUAAGUUUAAUUCACCCUUUAAGUAUAGGUGAUAUGGCUAUUCCUAUUGGAACGACGCAGUACUCUCUGAUUGGUUUAAAUGGAGCCACUCCACAACUAUAUCCACCCACAUGGAAUCCACCAAUGCCUUGUUCACCGCGACCACUGAGCGAGUCGCCUGUGUCGUCACCCAUCCUUCGUCCGUCAGGACAACUUUUAGGAGGGAAUCCCACGUUUAUUCCAAUAUCACCGCACUCUACAUCAGACCUGUUCGCGCAGCCUGCGUCUACUCUCGAGAGUGACCUGCCGCCGAGGGAGGGAUCUUGUCAAAAUAACGAUGCAGUUGAGCCUCACGGAGUCGUCAGUCAGACCAUAUUGACCAGUGUGAGCAAUGUGUGUGUCACCUCGACUGAAGAUGUAUCCUCAUUGCCUAAAUCUUCUAGUUUUGCACACAAACCUCAAGACACUCACAGAAAUUCUGUUAGUUCAUCAAAAAAGUCCAAGGACAUUGAGUUACCAUCGUCCCAUGAAGUUACCGCUCCCGGCCCGUCUGCUGUUGACGCGGGCAUUCAGCCAGCAUCUCCGAACGUAAAUGCGGAAGUUGAUGCAUGGGAAUGGGAUGGCGUACCCUACAGGAAGAGAGUUUUCCGUCGGUCCGACUGUUCUCCAACUUGGCAUCGUUGUUACCGUGCAAUUCGGCACGUACGUGACGGUAUCUUGAUCCGCGAACGGGAUAGUGUCCUCUUGUGCAGUGGCCCCGACCGAUGCAGCCCACCGCACGUGGCCAGGAUUACCGCGUUAUUCCCAGAUCCCAAGACCGGCAUAAAAAUGAUGGCUCUUCUGUGGUACUAUCGACCGGAGCAUGUUUCUGGAACCGCUCCGAACCACCCAGUGUCGAACGAACUCUACGCAAGUCGGCAUUGUGAUACAAAUCCAGUGGAUUGUAUAGAGGACAAGGCUUACGUACUCACUGCCAGCGCGUUCUCCAGAUACAUGGCGAGGGCGAAGUAUCGUCAGUCGGCUCAUCCUCGACCACCACUCAGUCAGGUAGUACCAAAAUUAACUCACUCAGUUAACCAGACUGCUGGACCCUCGGAUGAUGCUAUCGAGCAAGCCGCUUCUAUUGACGAACACAUCCCAGAUUCUGUCUCUCCAUCGAACGUGUUCUUGUGUCGCAGCGUCUAUGAUUAUAGACUGAGGCGCGUUUGUCGCAAUCUUCACUUCCACUCCCCGAUUCACAGCCACUUUUUGGGUCAGUCGAGCCAUCGAUGGAAACCACGAGAUAACCCAAUUGAAGCAAUGCCCUCAUCGAUUCCUGAACCGCCACUUUCACUUCGGGAGCACCCUUCGCCUUCCGUUGUGACACCACCUCCGAUACUCACUCCGCCACAUGAAACAAUAAUUCGAUCGCCUAGUCCGACUUCGCCCUCCUCUCCUGCACUGCGUAUCUGUGUGCCGGACUCUCCAGAACCACCCAUCAACAACGCGGAUUCUGACGAUUCUACGCAACCAUGUCGACAAUUAGAGCCGACGAAGCCAACUUCGGUUUUUGCAACGUCGCCGCCAAUGACUCGAGUACUUACGUCUAUAUCCCCCGUGGGUAGCAGAUCUUGCGUCAUUACACCCCCACCAUUGACCCUAAUCGAACUGCAGUCCACUCCGGUAAGGAAUGCCAUUACUACACUUCAUUCGGCUACUACGACGAACAAUGUUUCGGCAGUGCCUACGACAUCUGUUCAACUCACUGCGGCCCAACCAACGAGUUUACCCAUCCCAGUAGAUUUUGUUCUGCAGAAACCCGUUGUGCAACACAUGGGCCCCAACAUGGGUUCAUCCAUGGGAUACAAUCCCCAUUUCGUCACUGCGCCAGUCACCACAGUGUCCUCUUCACUUGUACCACCUGUUUCGUGGCAUCCUGUCUGCGAUUCCUCAGUUUUGGAAACCAGCGCAGAUUUGUCCGUUAACUGGGCUGAGCAUGGCGAACAGAUCGCCCUUUCCUUGGAUUGCAGAGAAAAGAAUAUUCCAAACAUAACGCCAGUCACUUGCCAACAGACGAUCCCAUCUCAUCCCACUGGUACUCAGUCGGCAGUGGAUAGGUAUGUCCGAACGGACCAGUUCCCGUCCCCAGUCGUAUCGAAUGUACAGUAUAUUUUGCCGACGACCCCACAAACCAGUCAAGAGACCGAGUCACCACGACUGAUCCUUUUAUAGGAGUUAGUACUCACUAGACAUCCAGUUAUUUCACAGGAAUUUUUGAUUCUAUCCCAUUUGACUUCUCUCUUUUUUUUGUGAAUAACUCACUGUCAUUUUUUGUGUUCAACGGGCGAUUGCCCUCACCUCACUGAUGCUCUGUUCAAGAAACCUUCAUCUCUUCACUCCACAGACUCCAUGUCAUAUUUUCCCAUUACCGAAAUAACUGAAUCUGGACAUCUUUUCCGGCGUUUCGUCUUACUUGUUCGCGUUUUUUUCGCCGUAUCACCCAGUUGUUACAGAUGCUCAUGAA